AAUAAACAAAACGUCAAAAUUUUGAUGUGGCUACAGUGGUUAUCGUUAUAUUCCUCAUGAAUUCAUUCAAAAUUAUCAUUAUUUCGUUUAUCAUCUUCAAAUUUUGUGAUUAAUCAUAACCAGAAUAAAGGAAUGGCUUCAAGUAAUCAAAAUCCUGUCACCAAGAAAACACCAAUUUGUCCGAACAUCCCUUCCAAUCUCAGUGUUAAAGAUGAAGACAGGGAAGAAACAACUAUGGAUCAACCAGAUUUGAUCAAUUUGGAAGAAACAGAGUGGUCAGAUGAACCUAAUGAAGAUUUUCAACUCGAAAAAGAUGAUUAUCUGUCUAGUUUCGGCAUCGACAAUGGCAAUGAUGAUCAUUCAAGGGACUCUGAUUCUUCCAGUGAUGAAAGUUACCCAGAAUUCACUUGCAAAAUAUGUAAGCACGAUUUCCAAGAUGAUUAUUAUAUGCAGGAACAUAUCAGAUUGAGAAGGCUUGGUGAUAAAAGGUUCAAGUGUUGUGUGUGUGACAAAGUUUUCAGGGACAAUAGCCAGUUGAAUGUACAUGCAAGAAAGCAUACUGGUGAACAGCCUUACUCCUGUUCCAUUUGUGAUAAGAAAUUUUCUGUCAAUGGAAACUUGAGGAAGCAUAUGAGGAUACAUACUGGGGAAAGGAGAUUUGAAUGUGAAACAUGCAAGAGGAAGUUUAUGCAGCUUGCACAUUUGGAGGACCAUAUCAAAACACAUUCAGGAGAGAGACCAUAUGUUUGUGACUUUUGCAACAGUUCCUUCAAAACAAAAGCAAGGAUGCGAAAACACAAAAAAUCUCAUGAGGAUGAUAAAAUGACCAAAAGAUCUAUACCAUGCCCAAUCUGCUGCAAAAUAAUGAAGAGCACCAAACAAUUAGUGACACAUCUUGAAACUCAUGAUGAAGGUCCCCAGAAUCCAUUUCCUUGCAGUUGUUGUGACAAGACCUACAAGAAUCUUUUCUCAUUGAAUAUCCACAUGAGGUCUCAUGGGAAUGUAAGAGACUUUAAGUGUACCCUGUGUGAUAAAACUUUUACUAAUGGUGGCCAUUUGAGGCGACAUUCCAACUCUCAUACAGGUAUAAGGCCCUUCACCUGCGAGAUAUGCUUCCGAGGUUUUCCCUCGCAGCAGAACAUGAAACGCCACCAGAUGACCCAUACCGGAGAAAAACCGCACGCUUGCUCCGAGUGCGGCAAGUCUUUUCUCACGUUGGAGAACCUCAACAGGCACAAGCGCACGCACACAGGGGAGAAGCCGUUCCCCUGCACCGUGUGCGGCAAAUUUUUCGCCCACAGCACCACAGCCAAAGAACACUUGCGCGUCCAUACUGGCGAGAAGAACUUCAAGUGUGAGUUCUGCCAGAAGAAGUUCUCCCUCAACAAAGCCCUCUACAAGCACAUCCGGGAAAAGCACCCGAAGCUGUUUCCCGAAUUCAAGAAGAAAAACGACCUGCCUCCGAACAUGAGAAGGGCCCUGGAAAAACUGAAAAGGGAGUCGAUGAACAUCGACGACAACGACGUGAAAACCGUCAAUAUCAAGAGUGCUAGUGAAAGUGAACUCCAAAAGGGUGCUAAGGAGAUCAAACCAGAUCCGGAUGAAAGUGGGGGUGAUGUAGACAGUAGGAAACAAAGUAGGGUUAAUAGUAUUAAAGAGGAUCCUGAUGGUCCAGUGCAAACUAUGAUGAAUGGUGUGGAGAAUGCAGUGGUGAAAGAUGAACCUAUAGAGGUUUGUGUUAAAGUUGAAAAGGAAGACGAGUUUAGCUAAUGGUGA